CGUGUGUGCAUUUUACCCAAUUGUAGAGUUCUAACCUCGGCACAGCGUCCAAUCGCGUGCACGCAUUUGGGCGGGUGCCAGUAAUGGAAUGCGGUCACGGGCGCUGCGCAGUCAGUCAGCAGUGUUGUGUUUGCCCGCCGAAAGAGGAAGUAGAGAAGGGGUGCAGUACUGUAUGUGUGUGUAUGUAUAAUUGUGACAGGUGUUCUCCUGUAAUGAAAGAGAUUUUUACCACUGUAAAAUUAAACCGUCCCAAACCUAAGACGCAAGUUUUACAUUAGCCACACGGGUAUUCGUUAUUUUCUUUUAGUAUGGCUUGAAUUUGUUCUCUUUAUUCUUGUUUUUUAGUUAAUGUGUGUACCUUUUACGUUUUCACAGCUGCGUUUUAAUCGUCAGUCUUAAUCGUUUGGCAGAAUAAAACUUUGUAACGACUGGUGUAAGACAUGGCAGUUUAAGAUAGGGUUCGACUAGACGUAACACCAGAAUAAUAUCAUUAAUAUUAAACAGAAAGCUUUCGAAGUUUCAUUUUUCGUGUUUAGCGCUUCCAUACAACGCGUUUUAGCGCCAUCUAGCGCUUUUUUAUGUUUUACAUUUUUUAGGGUAAAUCUUUGUAUUGGCAAAAUUAAAAAGUACAUAUUAGGGGGUACAAGGGGAACCACCGCCGCGUUCAGCCGCAAUGUUUCGUAUAUUGGCGGCGCUCUUGCUGCUGCCUACACGUGUGGCCCUUCGGCUUGUGUCUUGGUCCUACUGGUCCGUAACUUACGGUGCCUGUAGCAUCACGUCAUGCAUGGUGCUCGUGGGUAUGGUGUGGAGAACAGUGUUUAACCCCCGGAAAACACUAUACUGGAGAGUGAGACGCAAACCCCCUGCCUGCCUGGAAGAUCCUUCGCUGGGAUCGCAUUAUUACAUCCAAAUGAAGAGCUCUGGGCUGCGCUUCCAUUACGUGACGGCUGGGGACAGAGGCCGACCCCUUAUGCUCUUCCUUCAUGGAUUCCUGGAGAUGUGGUAUUCAUGGCGUUAUCAGCUUCGGGAGUUCAAGAAUGAGUAUUGUGCUGUGGCAAUAGACCUCCGUGGAUGUGGCGACUCUGACUGCCCUCGGAGGAGGGAGGACUACAAACUGGGUAAUCUUCUGGAAGAUGUGAAGGACAUCAUCCACACCCUUGGGUACAGACAUUGUGUUCUGGUUGGUCAUGACUUUGGUGGGAUGCUGGCUUGGCACUUUGCAAUAACCUACCCUGAGAUGGUUCAGCAGCUCGUCAUCAUCAACGCUCCACAUCCAGCUUUUUGGCAGGAAUAUAUUUUUCGCCAUCCUACUCAACUGAUGAAGUCAAGCUUUGCUUUCUUCUUCCAGAUUCCUUUUUUGCCAGAGGUGGUGAUGACACUUGAGGACUUUAGGGUAGUAAAAAAUUUACUGACUGGCCAGCGAUUUGGGAUCCAGAACCCAUCCAAACGUCUUACUGAGCAGGAAGUUGAGGCAUAUCUGUAUUCACUUUCACAACAAGGACGGCUCACUGGGCCACUUAAUUAUUACCGUAACCUCUUCAGUGUACCUGCAAAAUGCCAGGAUGUGAAUGUUCCAUGCCUUCUGAUUUGGGGUGAAAGGGAUAUGCUUUUUGGAAUGGAGGUUGCCAAAUGGUCGGGAGCUUAUGUGCGGAACUCCUUCAAGUUUAAAGUAUUACCAGGUUCAAGUCGUUGGGUACAGCAAGAUUAUCCAGACCAUGUUAACACACUGGUGAAGACAUUUCUAAAGCAAACGUGCAAAUAAUGCUAUUCUAUGCAGUUAUUUGUUUGAAUUUGCAGUUUUCUUUGUCCACCUCAAAAAUAAGUAGGAUUGAAAGGCAUUCAGGUAGCUUUAAGCAAAGGCUGUAUAUCUUUGACUGCCAUAACUUGUUAGUCAUAUGUGACAAUUUAAGAUCUUCAGUCUGUGAUUUGGAAUUGCAGAUACGAUUUAUGUCUUGUGUUUCAUAAGAGACCUGAAUGUAUGCUCAGGGAAUAAUUUUAUUUUAUUUUGAUUUUCUAGUAUUUAUUUUAUCAGAACAAGUUGACUUUUGAGGCAUAUAGUAAGGGUUCUUCCUAACUAAGAAGGCUGGUGCUGCUGCUUAAUUAUUGAAAUCCAUACAGUUGCUAAUUCCAGAUGUUAAAGGUUUCAAGACUGUUCCCUUUCCUGUUUAGAGUAGUAAAUUACAUCAGUACUUGAGGCCUCUGUGCUGUGACUAACAGGAGGUAUGCAGUCAAAAAUGUACUUGGGUUGGGUAGGGGGCGGGAUGUACUGUUUUUAGCCAAUAGCCAGUUAUUGUUUUGGUGAAAGUCAUUGAGCAACUGUCUGAACUUGUCUGAGAUUAUUAGUAACAUUUUAUAUCAUGUAUUAUUUACUGAACUAGACUGAGUAAUGUUGGUUCAGUCUGUGAGCAUCUGAUUAGCACUGAAUUACUGACAUGUUAUUUUACGGGCAUGAGGUUGUUCUUAGCACUAUACAUUAAGCCAAAUUUGUAAUAUGGGACUCUUUGUAUCCACUGCUUUGUAUCCACUUUAUAUCUCUCAAGCAUUUCCAUUUCUUUCUUAAAGUAAUGGUCAAAUAGCAUCACCCAGGUAUCAACAAUGGUCUAUUUUAUAUACUGAUUUAUCAAGAGACAAGAAAGUGUAUAGGCAACAUUUUAAUGCAAUGCAGUUUGCACAUUGUGACAGUGGGUUCUCGUGUUUUUUUUUCCCCACAUUCCAACAAUUUGCCUCUUACACCCAGAAUGUGUGAAUGGGGACAUUUGACUUGUGUGGAACUGAUGUGCAUUCUCGGUAACCUGCAGUCUUGUCUUCACUGUCCCAGAAUAGGCUCUGUCUCUCCAAGAUAAAGCAUGAAUGAAUAGACAAUAUAUAGGAAAUCUAUAAAGUAGGCAAUGUGAAUUUGUAUAGUGUGAGAGCCUGAGUGGGGCUGCAUUAGUCUGUCUUGACAGAAAGCAAAAAAAAAAAAAAAAGAAACCCAAGUAAACCUAAAUCUAAGAAGAAUAUCAUAAUAAUAGCAUUAGACUGAUGUGUUUAUGAAUGUAUUAUAGUUGAUGUCAUCGUAGGCUUUUUGUAUUCUUGGCAAAGUUUCUUUUAAAGAGAACCCUUUAUUUUGGCUUCAUUUCUGAUUUUUUUUUUUAAGAAAGGAAAUUGUAAUGUGAAUAGUAUUUCUUUCUGGUAUGGUAAAGUUAUUUUUAUAAUGAUACUGUUUACAAAAACAGGUAAAUCCUGGAUUAUGUUUUAAAAUUGUUUAGAUUAUUGAAAAGUAUAUUGUUUAGUAAGACAUUUGCCAUAGUAUUACAUUUGUUCUUUUGAAUGAUUUAUUAAUUGAAAAUAUUAUAUAUAUGACAUAGGUUUAUUAUUUAUUGUAAACUAUAUAAUUAUGAAUAGUGUCAAAUUUAAAUAUAUUUGUGAAAGUCUGAUUUGUUGAUUUUUGCAGUUUUGAAAAAAAAUAAAAAUGUAUUGCAGAAAUAAUUUUCCUUGUUUAUAAACCUGCAGGAAAAGUGACAAGUAAGGGGUCUGUUUUAUAGCCAGUCUGCAAUAAAUGUUAAUAGAAAUUCCAGAAAUCUUCUUUAUCUUGUGAGGAAAAAUAUAACCUUUGUACCACUUGAAGACUACAUACCAUCAGAUUAUAUUGGAAAUAACAAGGUGAGAUAUGGACUUUGCCCUUGACAUCUAGCCAUUAAGUCUGUAUGAGAACAACUGGAAUGAGUAUGUGACAAAUUAAAUAUUACAGAAGAGUUAUGAAAGGUUGAAGCCUGUACUGUACUAUAUUUUAUGUCAAUUAGUGAUUCUUAAAUUUCUUCUUACUGUAAUUCCAUUUUGAUGUACACAAUGAAUAGCUUUGAGUGUUUUCACAUUGGCAUUGUUUUUAUCUUCACUUGCUCUCAGUGAUCCACAUUUGUUUUGAAGAAUUUUAAAACUGCCAUGUUAGAAAAAAUA